AUGGUUCUUCUGAUGUUGUAUGAGUUUUUAGUAGCAGCUUUCUUCUUGGAAUUCGCACUUGCUUGCGUGUGGACACCAAUCAAUGCACUUCUUGUAACUACUAUGCCGAGAGCAAUUUACCAUGUACUUCGUCAGCUUGAGUUCGAUGAAGUAGCAGUGGCGUUCUCUACAAACAAAUCUUUGAUGGUGUUCGUGACUUAUACUGUGACAAUUACGUUUUUUCUUCUUACGCUAUAUAUCACUGAUGCAGUGGAUUAUACAAUUGUUAGGGACGAGGGAAUGACGGACUUCAUGAUACAUAUGAAGGAAAAACUAUGGGAAAAAUUACAACGAGAAAUUCCAUUUUUAAACGUGGAGGUAAAGCCUUGUCGUUGUAAAGUUCGCAGGAGUGGUCUACGCAGAAAUCGAGCUAAUAGUAAUUAAAUGGAACUGGA